GCGACCACGUCGCAGGGACGAUAUUCCGGUUCGGCAUACGACCGGGAUGCUAUCGUCGGAAGCAUCAAGCGAUACUAUGAGCUCAUUGUCAAGAUGGUCUCAAUCAGACCUGACCACAUUACUUACCCCCUGGAAGGAGGCUGGGGCGACGAUGUCAUCCCUCUCGAGAAGUUGCGACGCCUUGGCUUCAACGACAUGACGAUCGACCUGGUGCGGCAUCUCCCGUAUGUUACCAGUUACCGACCCGUGUUCCCGUCCACCCAGACCAUCAACUAUUUUCAGAAUGAUUUUACUGGGCCCGACGAGAAAUAUCAACUCGAAGAUCCCAAUUCUGUUGGACUCUGGCCAUUGCCAGAAGGAAGAAUCCCACAAGGCAUACUCCCACUAUCCAAACCGCUGGGAGGAGACGGGCUAGGAAUGUGGUGGUUACUCGAUACCAACACAGGCGAGCUCACUGCUCAUGACGCAUACAUCUCAAAACCUGAGGAGGGGAUCCCAGAAGACGAGCAAUGGCGCAAGGCGAGACCCGUGCAUGCCGUCGCGUAUUUCGAUGGUUUAUGCGAAGACUUGAUCUCGCUCGAGAUGUUACCCGUUCCUGGUGAUUCCAACCGCAGCGAAUGGCAGGUGUGGCAACCGAAGUGGAUGCGCGCUUAUCAGAAAUGGUUAGAUGAAGCCCAAGAAAUCUAUCGCAAGUGCCGUUGGCCAGAUUUACCGAGAUCUCAGCGUCAGAAAUGUCGCAAGUUCUUAGUUGAGAUGCAAGACAGACUCACGGCUGAGGAAAAUGAGAAACUACAGAGAAGAAUCGCGGUUGCUUCGGAGACGUGA